AUGGCUACAGGAGAGCAGCGGAGGCAAGAGGAGCGGCGGCGGCGGAGGGCUCAGCAGCAAGAGCUGCUUCUGGCAGAGAACCUGGGCAAGCACCCCCUACAGAACAGGCGCCUUGUCACCAAGUUCAGCACUGUGGAGGAUUUCUGGGCGCUGUACAGUCACAUCCAGCUGGCCAGCAAGCUCACAUCUGGCUGCGACUAUUCCCUCUUCAAGGAUGGCAUUGAGCCCAUGUGGGAAGACAACCAGAACAAGCGCGGUGGGCGCUGGCUCAUCACUCUGGCCAAGCAGCAGCGGCACACGGAGCUGGACCGCUUCUGGCUGGAGACGUUGCUGUGCCUCAUCGGGGAGAUGUUUGAUGAGUACAGCGAUGAGGUGUGCGGGGCCGUCAUCAACAUCCGUGCCAAGGGGGAUAAGAUUGCCAUCUGGACCCGGGAAGCAGAGAACCGGGAAGGGGUCACCCACAUCGGGCGUGUCUACAAGGAGCACCUGGGCCUGUCACAGAAGGUGGCCAUUGGGUACCAGGCCCAUGCGGACACGGCCACCAAGAGUGGCUCCCUCACCAAGACCAAGUUUGUGGUGUGACUGUGGGAGGGAACAGGGCACUGCCCACGGGGUCCCCCUGUCCUGUCCCACAAUGAAUAGCUGCAACU